UUCACCCCGGAAGUUUUACCUUUCCCCUGACACGUAGCAACCGCAACCAAGUUGGCAGGACUCUGUGAAGAUUUGCCACCCAUCACAUAGUGAGAGAUGUCAGGGUUUGACAGUUUCAACACAGACUUUUACCAGUCCAGCUAUAGUGUAGAUGACCAAAACCAGGCAAGCUAUGGCUACAGCAAUGCUGAAAACCCCUACAACAAGCAAUAUGCUGGUCAGUAUGACUACUCCCAGCCCAUGGGCUACUCCUCCCCAGGGAUGAUGCAGCCCCAGCAGCCAUACACAGGACAAAUCUUCCAGCCCACACAGACCUACACUCCAUCUGCAUCACAAUCUAUGUACAGUAGCAGCUUUGAUGAUGAGCCGCCACUCUUAGAAGAAUUAGGAAUCAACUUUGACCACAUCUGGCAGAAGACUUUGACUGUGCUCCAUCCGAUGAAGGCAGCAGACGGCAGUAUCAUGAAUGAGACAGACCUGGCUGGCCCCAUGGUCUUCUGUUUGGCCUUCGGAGCGACACUUCUCUUGUCAGGCAAAAUCCAGUUUGGCUAUGUGUACGGAAUCAGUGCAAUUGGCUGCCUUGGCAUGUACUGCCUCCUCAACCUAAUGAGUAUGACGGGCGUCUCCUUCGGCUGUGUGGCCAGCGUGCUGGGAUACUGCCUCCUCCCCAUGAUCAUCCUCUCCAGCUUUGGAGUCCUCCUCUCUUUACAGGGCAUGAUUGGAAUUAUACUAACGGCAACAAUCAUUGGCUGGUGCAGUUUCUCGGCCUCAAAGAUCUUCAUCUCGGCGUUGGCCAUGGAUGGGCAGCAGCUGUUGGUUGCUUACCCUUGCGCUCUCUUAUAUGGGGUCUUUGCACUCAUUUCUGUAUUCUAAAGAAAUCAUUGGGUAACUGUUUGAAAUAACUGCUCCUCAGUUUCUGUAAUUUCAGUGUAAUUAGUGUCAGUGUAAUUAGUGUAACUACUGACCAGUUACACUGUUAUUUGCAGAAAAUGGGAGCUCCUGUCUAAAAUGGCACCAUGGUAUGUUUUCUUUAUUCUUUUUUUUUUUAAUACAUAAGCCUUCACCUCUCACUGCAUUCCAACUCGACCAUCUGCAGGGUGGAGUGUAUUGACACACUCGUGUCUUCUCUCCACUUUGUUCCCCUCAUACAUCUUAAAGGAGAGGACUGUCAAAAAACCUGGUGAAAAAAAACUCUGCUGUGGACCAUGUUGAGCCUUGAACAGCCAAGUACAGUCCUAUGAUUUUAAGGACAUGAAGGGGGAGGAAGCGAACAAAUUAGGUCACACAAUGGAAACCAGAGGAGACAAUUUAAUUUGGACACAGCUGGGAAAAGGUUCUCAAUUUUCAAGAUGGACUGAUAACCAAGCCUCGACAAACCCUGCAGCCUAAUUUGGAACCAUGAAACAUCACCUUAAUUUUUGCAAAAGCUGUUGUUUCUGGCAAACACCUAUAGAUUCUACAACUGCAAGACUAAGGAAAACACCCACUUUUCCUCUGCAAAAGACUAGCUCAUUCUGCUUCUCCGCCCAGAAAAGAUGGAGAAAAAUAGGGGAUGUCCUCCUCUGUAUUUUCUUCUCUUUGGGACUGAGGAGCCAUGAAUCUCAUCAUUUUCUCAGCCGCUCUGCUAUAUCCCCUUAUGUAUUUUAUUAUAUUCUCUAAAGAUUUGAGUUUUGAUGCCUUUCAAGAAGAAAAUACAGCUUGCACAAAAGCAUUGCUCCAAUUUUCGAAACCAACCAAAUCUGACAAGACACUGAGAAUUAAUAGUCGGAGAAAUACUGUAUAUUUUUAGGUCUCCAUAGGUUGUUGCUUCAGUUUGCAUCCUUAAAUCUUUUAGAUUCGACUCACUUUGUAUGCUCUGAUAUGUCAUCUGUUCAUAUCUUCUCAUGCACAUUAAAGUUGUCUUUGAAAGUUA